UCUAUAUCAGUCGAAUCGUGUCAUUGAACCGGGCCGGUGCGGCGCGGCGUGCCUGCGCAGCGGGGCGCGACAGUCUUUAUCGGUCCAUGGUCUUGUUUAUUUGCACACAAAUUGGCGGUUACGUGCUCAAGUGGCGUCUGAUCGCUGCGACGAUUGACGCCCGAUUGCAGAAUCACGGUCUGAUCUCAAUGAAAGUAUUGGCCUUGUGAGUUCAUACUACAUCCGCGCGGGCAUGCUGUGUACGCAGGCAGCGCUUACGUAAGCCGAGCUAUCACAUCUUUCGCCUUGACUGAAAGUACCUACAUAGUUUGCCGAUAUAUCCGCCAUCGAUGCUACACUCCGCUGUUAAAAAUUGAAUAAUGAAGCAAAGUAAUAAGGUAACUGACAAAAUAGCACAAUUGGCUUCCGAAAUACACUGGAUGGUUAAGAAAAGGACUGAAAUACUAGAUAGUAUUAAAAAAAAGGAACAAGAAAAAGAGCAAACUCACACAUCUAAUUUUCAACAACAGUUAUCCAAAUCUGGAGAUAAAAUUAAUUCAGAAAAACAAAAUUCAAAUGCACCAGUGACACAGCAUGUCCCUGCACAGAUACUCAGCCCAUCACAUGGAUCUGGCUCAAACAUCCAACCAAAAGAAGAAUCCAAAGAUAAAACAAUAAAAGUGGCCAAUUCAACAACAAUAACAUUAAUUGAAAACGGUGCUGUCAAUGGUGAAAAAGAUAAAGAUAAUAAUAAUUAUCCCAAAAACUAUUUUACAUUAGAGCCCAAGAAUGAUAAAAAAGAUGAGAACAAUAAGAAUAGUAUUACAAUAACAAGAACAACAUCAAAACAAUCUCCAGGUGGUGGGCAAUCUGAUAAAACUAAAAGCCAAUCUAAGGUUACAAAGAGACCUCUACAAUGUCUGGAGACACUUGCUGAGAAAGCUGGCAUCACUUUUGAGGAUAAGUAUGAGGCUGCCAAUACACUGCUAGCAUUAGACAAACAGAACAACACUUACCGGAGACCAGAACUGAAGCAGCCAAAAUUAGAACCAGAUACUCAGCAACCACCUGAAGAGUAUAGAUAUAGAAACCCAAAAGAGGAGGAUGAUAAGUUGCAGAUACAGCAGCAAUUAAUCCAACAGCAACAACAACAAUUGCAUCAGUUGCAACAACAACAACUUCAACAGCAACUCCAACAAUUCCAACAACAGGCGCUGCAGAGACAGCACCACGCAAUACAACAACAUAUCAAGAAUCAACAAGAUCAAGAACUGAUGCAGAAACAAUACCAACAGCAACAGCAGCAGCAGCAGCAGCAGCAGCAGCAGCAGCAGCAACAACAGCAGCAGCAGCAGCAACAGCAGCAGCAGCAACAACAACAACAGCAGCAGCAGCAGCAGCAACCGCAGCAACAACAGCAGUCGGCACAGAAAACUGACAUACAAGUGGCUCAGCAAGAUUUGUCACAAAAGUUCUUACAGCCCGUGCACACUCAACAAUUCAACGUUCCCGGUAUAGGAGAGAUCAAUUUAAGUUUUUUACCAUCCCCUCAAACCAACUUGUUCUUCGAGAAAAACAAUAAAAGUGGCAUGAACACAGACAUCAAACCACAACAAUUAGUAGAGGGUCAGGGUCAGGCUCAGGUAGUACAGCAGCAGAUUAGCAUGGCCCAGCACGAGCCGACACAACAGCACCAUCAAACUGUCACAGUUGUGUCAUCCAUGCCUAGCAGCAUGGCACAUCAGGUGCAGCAACAACAGCAAACAGGCGGUAUCCAGCAGCAAGCCAGUGGUAUCACCACCAUGCCACCAUUGCCCAGUUUGCCGGCCACCACGCCCCAUCCGCAACAACUGAGUGCGGACUGGGGCGGCCGAGUGCAAGUGAUACAACAACCAUUGCAGAACAAUAGCUAUCUACAACAACUCUACAAUGCUCAAGGACCAUUAAUCAUGCCGGGAAACAUUGCUCUACAUCCAGGCUUAAACUCUCAGCCAAUACAGGUAAUAACAGCCGGUAAGCCAUUCCAAGGGAACCAACUGGCUCCUCACAUGCUCACCGCUCAAGGGAAAUCUGUCUUGCAGGGUCAAACAGCUCCGUUCCCGGGAUACGCAACUAUUCCCACUACGCAGAAUCAGACGUUCGUCUUCAGUCCGCUCGGCGUGAUCAACUCGCAGGCCAGCAUCAUUCCGACACAUUCACAGCCGACCGUCUCCGGCAUUGGGCAGCAACAGAAAACUACCGAUAUGCAUAAGGUGAUGAGUGGUGGCAAGGUGACCGGCACUAAGGUGGGAGGUGCAACCGGUGGUGGCCAAACGGUGCCCGUUCACGCUCAGUGUGUCCAAGUCUCGCAACCAGUGCUCGGAACUCAGCAACCAACACAAGCUCAAAUUAUCAGCCCAUUACAGACUGGAGGACAGACAAUGCAGUUCGCUCCAUGGCAAAUCUCGGGCGCUCUCCCCCAAGUCUGGACCGGGGGAUUGCAGGCGGGGACUUUGCCCGCCGGGGGACUCCUCGCCCCCAACCCGAUAUUCAUAAGAGGCACCCAACCAGAUGCGGCCCCAUCCAUGUUCAUACAACAUUCGCCACAGAAUAAUGUUCAACACAACAAUACGAGCGUGGCCACCACUGCCACUGCAGCGAAGCCCAGAGCUUCGUCCGAUGGGAUGACGAAGACACCUCGGCCUCUGUCCAACAUAUUACCAUCAGGGGGAAUAAGACCUGCCUCUUCUGUUUCCACACAGACUGGUACCAAUCAGUCUCAAAGUCAGGGCAAGCACCGAGGUAAACAAGGAGUACGAUCACCGGCGCCUUCUUCCAAACAGGAUGCAGCAAACCAGACCGCUAAUAAGAUGCAACAGCAAAUGCAACAACAGAAGCAGUCUCUUUUGGUGAUGAACUCGAACGGCCAGAUGACCCAAGUCACGAACUUACAAGACAAACAACCGAUAACAAAGAAUCUGCAGCAACAAGCUAUAAUGCAACAAGCCAUGCAGCAGCAACAACAACAACAACAGCAACAGCUGAUGCAACAACAACAGCAGCAAACUCAACAGAUGGUCCAACAUUAUCAGCAAGCAAUGACACUGAACAUGCCACAAGGCACACUCCCAGUGGGUUCAGUUGCUCAGACAUUACCUAUGACUGGAUUACCUCAGAUAUCAAUGGUGCCACAAAUACAUCCGCUUGGUGGUAUGAAUCAAUCGGGAAACAUUGUGAACCAGCUUAAUACAAAUCAAAAUACCCAGAACACACCAAUCGCUCAGGUCCAAACAUUACAGCAAUCACAGACGCUGGUAGGGGGAAGCUUAGUCCAAACUUCAGUGGGGAUGACAGUACAGCCCCAGGGAAGUCUCACCCAUACCACUCCCAUGCAAACGCCAGCAAUCUUGGAAGCAACUCCUGUGUCUACCACGCCUCUAGUUCAGGUAUCUGCAAGUAGCCAGCCGUCGCCUCAAAUGACUCUACAAACUCAAAGCGGCAUGAGCCUGGCUACAACGCCGGUGCAAGGUUCAGUGGCGCCCGUGCAGUCCCAGACCUCGCUACUCACACAUGUUAAGAAUGAAGAAGAUAAAUCUCAACCGCUCGGCCAGUAUGUGGUUGGGGAUGACAACGGAGAGCCUGUACCGCCGACAGCCAUCUCCAUAAGCUCUGAAUAUGUGGCCGCUGGAGAUGUUCCUGCUCCUUCCAUGCCAACUAUUGAUGCAACAAAUGACUCCACUGCAUUGAAUAACUUCUUCUCAGCUGGUUUAAAUUCGACUUCAGAAUCGAAAUCGACUUUCCAAACCACAAGUGAACCGGCCUCAUCAAAUGCUUCUUCUGUUGUGUCUAACGCCAACAUUCCAAGCACUUCUAAAGUAAAGAACCUUCAGGGAACAACUCCGGUAAGCUCAGCUGGCCCUGCAUAUUCAACAUCUUCGUCUGUGCACAAUGCGGUGAACACACAACAGAACUCAAAUGCUUUGUUCAAGAGUCCCCAAUGCACACGGCACAUUGCAUCGCCAGCUGGACAUGAUAAGGGAUUGCCAAAGGCUAUGGUAAAGCCUAAUAUUCUGACGCAUGUCAUCGAAGGCUACGUAAUUCAGGAAGCGGGAGAACCAUUUGCAGUGAACCGGCCUUUCCGUGAAUGGACAGCUACAGGUGACAGGGAACACGACAAAACUCGUAAUAAUAAAAGAUCGUCGCCUACUGAGCCGGACCAAUGUAGCAAGAAGCAGAAGACUGAGACUACUGGAACCAAUAAUGGUACAGCUGCGGCUGCUGUAGCUAAUGAAGUUGCCGAACCAAAACCCGGCCCUUCGAAGGCGACUGACGAACCACCUGCUGCAGAAGUCGCGGAACCUGCAGAAAUUGCUCCGCCUGCCAGGGUUGUUAAUGCCAACAAAUGGACGGUUGCUGAAGUAUACGAAUUUAUCCGGAAAAUACCUGGAUGCGCUGGGUACGCUAACGAGUUCUUGGCCCAGGAAGUUGAUGGUGAGGCUCUGCUCCUAAUCAAGGCUGAGCAUCUUGUAAUGGCACUGUCCAUCAAGUUGGGACCAGCACUUAAGAUUGUUGCCUGCAUUGAUGCUCUGCGCCCGGAGAAUGAACAAAAUUCUAAUGAGUCCGAAUGAGAAUUAAUUUUUAAAAUUA